AUGAGUUCAAAUGUUCAGAAUAUUAGUCUGGAUUCUCUGUAUGAGCAAAUUUUGCUCACUGAGCGACAAGUGUCUGAGAACAAUCGGCAGCUUCAGGAAGUGAAAUCAGCCAUCAUCAAGGCUGAGGAGAAAAUCAGGUCGUUUACUGAAAAGCUGGAGGAUGCACAGACUGAACUGGAUGAGAAGGCUCGGCUCGAGUCUGAAGUGAUGCUGCAGCUGAAUUUGAUCAAGAGACAGCACCAUGAAAUAGAGAAGACGAAAGCGGACUUGCUCGAGCGACAGACCGGGCUCAGACAGGAGCUGGGGCGAAUAAACAAAGAGGCAGCAGAGGAGAAAGAGAAGUUCAUGCAUGCGAUCAGAACCUUCAACAGCGAAUUUAACCUGCUGAGAAACAGGGACAUGGCGUUCCAGAGUCAGACCAGAUCUGAAAUACAGAGUCUCCAGACGGAAGCUGAGGCACUCACCGAAGAGAUGGAGAGGAUGAAGCAGGAAAACCCCUGGCUGAUCUCACUGCGAACCGAGCGGGACUCUUUAACCGCAGAGCUCCAGGGGCUGCAGUCACAUCUCGCGGGUUUGGAGAAGGAGCUGGAGGAGGCAUCGGCUCUCACAGAGUCCCUGAAGACUGAGAGGCAAAUCGCCGUUCAGAAACCUCAGACAGACAGCACCUGCCUCAGACUGAGGAAACAGCUCGAGGAACAUAAGGAGCUGGAGAAGCUGCAUGAAGCCCUCAGCACAGAAGUUCAGGUCUUGCGUUCGAAAUUAUCACAGAAGGCGGGCGUGUGCUGA